UAUGCGUUCAAAAUGAGAAGAGUCUCCAGUAGAGCCAAGAAAUGAAGAACCAAAAAACUGGGCAUGUGAUUGUGCUCACAUAUCCAGCUCAAGGCCACAUAAACCCUCUGCUUCAAUUUGCUAAGCGCUUAGCCUCCAAAGGACUCAAGGUCACUCUAGCCACCACCCCUUAUACUCUCAAAUCCAUCCACUCAACCACUGUAGGAAUUGAACCAAUCUCAGAUGGAUAUGAUGAAAGUGGAUUUAGCCAAUCCCCUAGUGUUCAAGCCUACUUAGACUCAUUCAAAACAGUUGGCUCAAGAACACUAUCAGAGCUUAUACUCAAAUUCAGCUCCUCAGGCUCACCUGUCAACUGUAUUGUAUAUGAUUCAUUGCUUCCAUGGGCACUUGAUGUGGCUAAAAAGUUCAGCAUCUAUGGAGCUGUGUUCUUGACAAACUCAGCUUCAGUGUGCUCUAUAUUUUGGCAUAUCAGUCAUGGCCGUCUGAGUUUCCCUGUGACGCAAGAAAGCGGUGCGCCUUUGUUGAUGCCUGGCCUUCCUCCACUAGAUCUUCCUGACCUGCCAGGUUUCCUAUCACAGCCUGCGCCUCACACGCCUUAUCUGGCUUUGAUCUUCGAACAGUUUGUCAGCCUUGAAGAAAAUGAUUGGGUUUUCUGCAACUCCUUUGAAGAAUUGGAAAGUGAGCUGGUGAAUGAAAUGUUGGGACUUUGGCCCCUUGUGAUGAUUGGUCCAAUGGUGCCAUCAGCCUACUUGGAUCAACAAAUUGAUGGGGACAAAGCUUAUGGAGCCAGUCUUUGGGAGCCAGCUACAGACAAGUGCAUCAAAUGGCUGGAUAAAAAACCACCUCAAAGUGUGAUAUACAUAUCUUUUGGAAGCAUGGCAAACAUUGCAGCAAAACAGGUUGAAGAAAUCGCAUGGGGCUUGAAGGCAAGUGAUCAGCACUUCCUCUGGGUUGUGAAAGAGUCCGAGAACAAAUUGCCUGAUGAGUUCCUGAACACAAUAGGCGAAACAGGGUUGGUGGUAACAUGGUGCAACCAACUAGAGGUACUAGCACAUCCAGCUGUGGGAUGUUUUAUAACGCACUGCGGAUGGAAUUCCACGUUGGAGGGAUUGGGCCUCGGCGUGCCGAUGGUGGGAGUGCCUCAGUGGAGUGAUCAGCCAACGAAUGCCAAGUUUGUGGAGGAGUUGUGGGGGGUUGGAGUGAGAGUUAAGAAGAAUGAAGAGGGGCUUGUGACGAAGGACGAGUUAGAGAUGUGUAUAAGGGAAGUCAUGGUGGGAGAAAGAAGUGAUCAGAUUAAAAGGAAUGUCAUGAAAUGGAGUGAGGCUGCAAAGAGAGCUGUUAGUGUAGGGGGUAAAUCAGAUGAGAACAUCAAUGACUUUAUAAGGAAGCUUUUUUGAGGAUUGGGAUCAUAUAAACUCCAGAUUUUGGAAGAUGACAGCAAAUGGGAGCAACCAAUUACUGAAUUACCAGACUUCCAAUGCCCAAAGCAUUUCAGUUAUCACAUACUAUUGUAUUUUAUGGAUCAAAUGUGUGUGUUUUUCUAGUGCAUGGAAUAUUUAGCCAUUUAACAUCAA